GCUUCUUUAAGGGAUAGUAACAUGUGUAACAGGUGGAAGGGUAUCACUUCCGAAGUGUCAGGGGACCUGGAUACAUCACCUUGGGCAUCUUCCAACUAUAUGCCAAAUAUUACCCAGUUGUAGCAUGAGAUACUGAACGUUAAAACAAAAUGAGUAAGUUCAUGGACAAUAACAAUACGGUGGUUCUAACUGGUCGCCCUGGAAGUAUUUGCAACGUGCUGACACUGGAUGAUGACAAUGGGACUGUCGUUGUCUCUCACAUUAGGGAAAAUGACCCAGUUGCUAACAUUUUAGGAGUAAAGGAAGGCGAUGAACUACUUGGAGCCACUAUCUUCUUUGACAAUUUGCACAAGUCUGAGGUUCUUAAUAUUUUAAAAGCAACAGAACCCUACAAAGCAGGUCUUCAACUCCAUACUAAAAAUGAACCCAUGUUGCAUCAAGUAAGCUCUUACCCAGUGAAGAAUGACAAUGUGGGUAUCAACACUACUGCAUAUGAUGAUAUCUUCAACAGUAAAAUUCGUAGAUACAUUAAGGGGUCUGUCUCUAUGCAAGAUUUGUCAAAACCUGACACUAAUGUACAGUACAAACCUAAAGUAAUCCAGGCUCCUAAUAUGCAAAUGGCAAGAUACAACUCAUCCAUGGAGCUACCCAGUCUUUCUUCACCAGAAUUCCAAGGCAGUAUCCAGGGGAAUGAUACACAAAUAAAGGGACUAAAUAUAACAGGGCAACUGCCAAACAUUGAUGCCAAUAUACCCAGCACUAAGCAUCCUAGAGCUGAUAUAAAUAUUUCAGCCCCAAAAAUAAAUGGGGAGACAAGGGAUAUAGAUAUUGGUGCACCAAAUAUUAUGAUAGGAGGUUCUCCAGUUAAAGAGAGUAGAUCCCAAGUGCAAUUGCCUUCUGUUGAUCUUAUCGGGCCACAAGUAAAGACCAAAGGUUUAGAUUUAGACCUACAAACUCCUUCAGUCAACAUUUUAAGUAAAAAGAAUGGUAUUCAGGAUGUUGAUAUGAAUGUAAAUUCUCCUAAUAUGAAGGCUGAUUUGAACCUUCCUACCAACAAUCUAGGAGUUAAUGAUAAAAUAAAAUUUCCAGACAUGGAAGGUUCCACACCCACUGUAAAUAUGUCUCUAGAAAAUGGAAAAGGGUCAAAGUUUAAGAUGCCUUCAAUGAAAUUUUUUCAGUCGAAAAAAUCUGGACCAGAAUUGCAAGUUGAUCUGCCAUCAGUGAAAGGCAUAGAAGCAGACGCUCCAGGCUUAAAUGUGGAUCUUCCUCAGGCUGAUCUACAAGCUCCAAAAAUAAAAAGCCAAAAAAUAAACGUUAAUCUUCCAAAAGCAGAUAUACAGAUCCCAGAGCUAAGAGGUCCAGAAGUGAAUGUUGAUCUUCCAAAAGCAGAUAUACAAGUUCCAAAAGUUAAAGAACCAGAAGUAAAUAUUGGUCUACCUAAAGGGGGAAUAAAAGGACCUAAAGUAAUGCUGCCAGAAUUUAGUGCAGAACUUGCAAAAGCAGAUUUACGUGCUCCAAAGCUAAAAGGUCCAGAAGUAAAUGUUAAUCUUCCAAAAGCAGAUUUACAUACUCCAAAGCUGAAAGGUCCAGAAGUAAAUGUUAAUCUUCCAAAAGCAGAUUUACAUAGUCCAAAGAUGAAAGGUCCAGAAGUAAAUGUUGAUCUUCCAAAAGCAGAUAUACAAAUGUCAAAGCUUAAAGAUACAGACAUAAAUUUGGAUCUUCCUAAAGUUGGUAUCAAAGGGACAAAAUUUAAAAAUCCUGAAGUUAAUGUUGAUCUCCCUAAAGCAGAUGUAAAUAUUCCAAAACUAAAAAGUCCAGGUGUGCAUGUAGACCUUCCAAACCCAGAGUUAAAACUUCCAAAAUUAAAGGGAUCAGAACUAAAUGUUGAUUUUCCCAAAGUGGAUUUGCAGACUUCCAGACCUAAAGUAAAUAUCCCUGAUGCAGAUUUGCAGAUUUCAAAACUUAAGUCUCCAGAAUUAAACAUUGACCUUCCAAAAGCAGAUUUUAAUAUGCCAAAAUUAAAAGUUCCUGAAAUGAAAGUUGAUCUUCCAAAAGUAGAUAUAAAUUCUCCUCAGUUAAAAGGACCAGAAAUGAAUUUCGGCCUUCCAAAAGUAGAUAUAAAUGCACCUCAAUUCAAAGGACCAGAAAUGAAUGUUGGUCUUCCAAAAGUAGAUAUAAAUGCGCCUCAAUUCAAAAGACCAGAAAUGAAUGUUGGCCUUCCAAAAGUAGAUAUAAAUGCACCUCAAUUCAAAGGACCAGAAAUGAAUGUUGGCCUCCCAAAAGUAGAUAUGAAUGUGCCCCAGUUCAAAGGUCCAGAAGUAAAUGUUGGUCUUCCAAAAGCAGAUAUAAAUGUGCCUCAGUUAAAGGGUCCAGGAGUAAAUCUUGGCCUUCCAAAAGCAGAUAUAAAUGUGCCUCAGUUAAAAGGUCCAGAAGUGAGUGUUGAUCUUCCAAAAGGUGAUUUAAAAGUGCCAACGCUAAAAGGUCCCGAUAUAGAUUUAGAUGUUCCAAAUUUAGACCUCAUUGUCCCAAAACCACAAAUAAAAGGACCAAAAUUUAAAAUGCCCUCAUUUAACUUUUUUAAUCCAAAAAAAGGCUCUCAUGAUGCUGAAAUGAAAUUAAAGUCUCCAGAAUUAAAGAGUGACAUUAACAUGUCAACUCCUAAUAUUGAUAUCCAAACUGGGGACAUAAAUAUCAAAACACCAGACAAAAAAAUGACUACACAAAAAUUGAAAAUGCCUAGUUUUGGAAACCCAAAAAUUAAUGCUAGUGGUGGACUUCCAGAUGUAGAGUUAAAGGGACCGAGAAUGAAUGUUGAUGCACCUGAUUUGAAUAUGUCACUUCCCCAAAUUAAAGGAGAUUUUCAUAGCCCAGAAGCAAAUAUAGAUCUUCCAGAUGCAGAUAUGAAAGGUUUAAAAUUUAACAUGAAGGGACCUGAACUAAAAGGUAUGACAUCAAAAUUUAAAAUGCUUAAUUUUGGAAGCCCAAAAAUUGGUGCUAGUGGUGGACUUCCAAAUAUAGAUUUAAAAGGACCACAACUGGAUGUUAAUGCACCCAAUGUGAAUAUGUCAGUUCCACAAAUUAAAGGAGACUUCAGCGGUCCAGAAGCAAAUAUAGACCUUCCAGAUGCAGAUAUAAAAGGGUUAAAAAUUAACAUGAAGGAGCCUAAAUUAAAAGGAAAGGCACCAAAAUUUAACACACCUUCACUUCAAACAACAGUUCCAGGUGUCAAUUUGCCUGAUUUAGAGGUUGGUGGUUCUCUAGAAGGUCCAAAUGUAGAUAUCAAUGCACCACAGAUAAAUAUUAAGGGGCCUGAGAUUGAGGGACCAAAAAUGAAAAACCCUGGAUAUCAGUUACCUUCUUUAAAAACAUCUAGCCCCAGUAUCCAAACUCCUAAUUUAGAAGUAGACGGGUCUUUACAUGCCCCACAGGUGGAUAUAAACACACCACAAAUAGAUAUCAAAGGAUCAGGCCCAAAGAUUACAGCACCAAACUUUAAAAAACCUUCCUUUCAAAUUCCUUCCCUCCAUAUGUCAGGCCCAAAUAUUCAAACACCAGAUUUAAAAAUGGAUGGAUCUUUACAGCCUGCACAAUUUGAUGUAAAUGCACCUCAAGUACAAGUUAAAGGUCCUGAUGCCAAAAUAACCCCCCCUAAAUUUAAAAUGCCUAAAUAUCCAGGUGUAAAUGUUGAUGUACCUGAGGUCAAUUUUGAUGGAGAUAUAAAACAAGCUAAUGCAGAUAUUUCAUUACCUGAAAGCUCUUUCAAAAGUCCAGGCAUGAAUGUAGAGACACCCCAUGUAAAAGAGCCAAGAUUUAAAUUUCCAACCUUAAGAAUGUUUCACACUAAACCCGGGUUACCUGAUAUUGAUUUGGGCUUUGACACUCCAAAAUUGGAAAAUCCUUCUCCUACAAACUUGCAAGGAAAUCUCACAAUGCCUAAUAUAAAUCUAAGUGCCCCUAAAGUUAAAGAUACAGAUAAGAGGAAGAGCUUGCCAAGGUUAAAGCUGCCUACUUUUGGAAAAUCCAAAUUACAUUCUAAUAACUAUGAUGCUAAAAUAAAAACACCUGAUGCCUCAUUGCCACAAGCUAAUGUUCAAGUGAAAAGUCCCGAACUGAAUGUAAAUGUACCAGGUGUCAGUGGAAAUGGUCCGCAGUUUAAAAUCCCUAAUGCUGAUUUAAAAGUUAGAGCUCCUGAACUGGAAGGUGAUGUUCAACUACCUAAUGUGCAAGUCAAAGCACCAAAAGUAACCAUGGAAAGCUCAGAAGGAAAUCUGACACUUCCAACACUUCCUAAAUCUUCAAUGAAAAUCUCAGGAUCUGGUAUUGACAUACCUGACAACCAAAUAAAACAAUCAACAUCCCAAAUAAAAGGUCCUGGGUUUAAUAUUGAGCUACCAUCUGGUAACAUCAAGGGUCCAAAGAUGAAAACACAGGUCCCAACUAGCAUUGAUGUGAAUACAAAGGCACCACAAGUAAAGGGUGAUGUUCAUAUGACUUCUCCAAAACUGGACAUUGAUGAAUUAGAUGAUUUAUCAAUUGAUACAGAUAUUCCAUCAAAAAGUGUAAAUGCUCCGAAGUGGAAAGAACCAUUUCCUGGCCAAACUGAGGUACCAGCUGUUGACACAAACACUCCACAAGUGAGCAGUGGUAUGCGUUUCUCUUCUCCACAGUUUCAAAGUUAUACACAUGAUGACUUGACAUUAGAUGUCAAUUUGCCCAGUGGGGAUAUGAUUGCUCCUAAAUGGAAGAAGCCUUUCAGUGGUCAAACAGAAGGGCCAGGUGAAGACAUAAAUACUCAGUACAAGGUGCCUGGUGUGAGAACACCUAAUAUGGAAAUAAAUCUCAAUUCACCUAACAGAAAGGAAGCAAGUUCCCACUCCAAGUUCCCUAACCUCUUUUCUGAUUCAAAUUUUUCUUUCCCUGAUGUAGACUUUGACUUCUCACCAUCUCAAGUAACCUAUUCAUAGAUUCUAUGUUUUAUGAAAGAUAUACACUCCCCUUACUAACUUUAUUUAACAAUAAUUUAGAUUCAUCUGCUUGGAGAAAAUAAUAAGUACAUUUAUAGCAAGAAUGAAGAUGACUCAAAAGUUAAUUGGAUGAAGGAGUAUUACUAGAGUUCAUAACUCACAACCUCUAUGCUUGUAAAAGUAGCUGAGAAGGCUACAAGAUAUUUGUAUUGACUGUUCCUUUUAUCUGUAUGUGAGUAAUGUAUUUUGAGAAACAAGAUACACUUACUUUGCAAUGUUGUUUUAUUUGUUGAGAUGUCAGAGUCAAUAGGUUUGUUCUAAGUCCUGCAUCAUAAUAUAUAAAGUAGGUGAUAGAAUGUACUUUAUUCAUGAUAUUCAUUACUACUUGUUAGAUUGUUAAGAUAUAAUGGACAAACAAACAUUGAAACAGAUCUAUGUAAAUGAAUUGUCAUGUAUGACAUACUAGCAGUUAUUCAUUAUUUGUUAAUGAAUGUUUAAAAUUAUUUUUCCACUCUAUUUAAACACACUUAAUUAUAUAUUUUACGAAUAGUGGAACUUGGAUAUCUAAAGGAAGAAUAAAACUAAGGAUAAGCUUUGCUAGGUAAAACUUGACAAUCAAUGUUAUUCUAUUAAGUAUGUUGACUAUAGAAUCUUAGAAGCUUCAAGAUUUGUCUUCUUAGACAGUUUUGUGAAUACUUAUUGAAUCUUGUCCAUCUACUACUGAUUGUUACAAUAGCAUAUUUUUCUCUAAUAUAUUUUGUAUACUUUGUAAUUUAAUUUAUUUUCAGUUUAAGUAAUAUGCUUGGCCAAACAGAGCAAGUCACAUGCAAUCAACUCUCUUCUUGAUUGGUUGUGGCUGCUCUGCAAUCAAGUAAAACGGCAGGGUUAUUUCUAUCCUGAUAUGAAGUUUUAUGAAUAAAUGACAACUAUUGGAAAAUGUAAUUGAAUAAACAAAUUGUAUUUAUCGCAUAAAAGUACUGCCUAGAAACAGUUAAACUGUUUUUUUUAUUUUUAUUUUUGCUUAUAAUAUUCACCCAGUAAGAUUGUGUCGAGCUACUUACAGAGUAUUAGCAAAAAUAAUGACAGCAAAAUAGAACAUUAUUUCCGUUGGAAAACAUUUCUAUAUGCAAUUUCAAAUUGUUUUACACCGUAAAUAACUGUAUGGCUAUGGUACGUUUACCUUGUAUCUCAGGAUUGCAUUUGUCUAUCCGUUAUGUCUAGUCUGAUAUAUAACUCUCCAUAACCAAUCAGCUAAAGGAUCUACAAAUUGAGAAGAUGACCUUCACACUGUAGACUUGGAGUUACAAGGCAGAUAUCUUACUUAGGAUAUAAAAAUAGCCAUUUAUAUGUAUUAUUGUGUAUUCAUUUUUAACAAGUGUUUGGCUACUUCAAUAGCAAAACUAUUUUCUUUAUUAUUUAAUGUAAUUCCUCAGUUUGUAUUGUGAUUAUGUAAUAAACAUAUAUUAAAUAUAAUAAAUAUUAAGAUAAAUGUAUUCUCUUAAA